AUGUCUUCACUGCAGCUCCUCGCUCUGGUGCUCAUCAUCAUCCUCGGCUGUGUGCAGAUUGGCAGAAGAGGGACGGAGCGUCUUUGGCCAGAGAACGCAUUUGAAGGGACAAGGACGGACGUUGGCAGCUUUGGGUUGGCCCUGUACAGUGGCCUGUUUGCCUACGGAGGCUGGAACCUGCCGCAUGCCAUCGUGAUCUCCCUGCCCAUGGUGACGGUGGUGUAUGUCCUUACUAACCUGGUCUACUUCACCACCAUCAUCCCUGAGGAGAUGGUGGCUUCAGAGGCCGUGGCAGUGGACUUUGGUAACUUCCACCUGGGCGUCAUGGCCUGGAUCAUCUCUGUGUUUGUGGGACUGUCCUGUUUCGGCUCCGUCAACGGAUUUCUCUUCACCUCCUCCAGGUUGUUUUUGGUCGGGUCAAGAGAAGGUCACCUGCCCAUUCUGUUGUCCAUGACCCACCUGAUCCUGCUCCCCCCUCAACCUUCACUCAUCUUCACCGUGAGUCCUGUCAUUAUCAUUCUGUUGUCCAUGACCCACCUGAUCCUGCUCCCCCCUCAACCUUCACUCAUCUUCACCGUGAGUCCUGUCAUUAUCAUUCUGUUGUCCAUGACCCACCCGAUCCUGCUCACCCCUCAGCCUUCACUCAUCUUCACCGUGAGUCCUGUCAUUAUCAUUCUGUUGUCCAUGACCCACCUGAUCCUGCUCCCCCCUCAGCCUUCACUCAUCUUCACCGUGAGUCCUGUCAUUAUCAUUCUGUUGUCCAUGACCCACCCGAUCCUGCUCACCCCUCAGCCUUCACUCAUCUUCACCGUGAGUCCUGUCAUUAUCAUUCUGUUGUCCAUGACCCACCCGAUCCUGCUCACCCCUCAACCUUCACUCAUCUUCACCGUGAGUCCUGUCAUUAUCAUUCUGUUGUCCAUGACCCACCUGAUCCUGCUCCCCCCUCAACCUUCACUCAUCUUCACCGUGAGUCCUGUCAUUAUCAUUCUGUUGUCCAUGACCCACCCGAUCCUGCUCACCCCUCAGCCUUCACUCAUCUUCACCGUGAGUCCUGUCAUUAUCAUUCUGUUGUCCAUGACCCACCUGAUCCUGCUCCCCCCUCAGCCUUCACUCAUCUUCACCGUGAGUCCUGUCAUUAUCAUUCUGUUGUCCAUGACCCACCCGAUCCUGCUCACCCCUCAGCCUUCACUCAUCUUCACCGUGAGUCCUGUCAUUAUCAUUCUGUUGUCCAUGACCCACCCGAUCCUGCUCACCCCUCAACCUUCACUCAUCUUCACCGUGAGUCCUGUCAUUAUCAUUCUGUUGUCCAUGACCCACCUGAUCCUGCUCCCCCCUCAACCUUCACUCAUCUUCACCGUGAGUCCUGUCAUUAUCAUUCUGUUGUCCAUGACCCACCCGAUCCUGCUCACCCCUCAGCCUUCACUCAUCUUCACCGUGAGUCCUGUCAUUAUCAUUCUGUUGUCCAUGACCCACCCGAUCCUGCUCACCCCUCAGCCUUCACUCAUUUUCACCGUGAGUCCUGUCAUUGUCAACAAAGUUACACCUUCAGUAUGAAUAUUUAUUUAUUUAACCUCUCAAUUGUUUGACUCCUGUUUUUAUCAGAGUUUGACUCCUGUUGUGUGAAUCAGUGUUUGACUCCUGUUGUGUGAAUCAGUGUUUGACUCCUGUUGUGUGAAUCAGUGUUUGACUCCUGUUGUGUGAAUCAGUGUUUGAAUCCUGUUGUGUGUAUCAGUGUUUGACUCAGUGCAUAGUGACAGGUGCUGGUGCUGUAUGUUGUCUCUCUCUCUCAGUACAUAGUGAUGGUGCU